CGGCACACAAUUAACGGGUUUAUAUAACAGCAAGCACUGCACAGCAACUACUAACUUACCUGCAACCUUGACUUUGACUAUCCCCAUCUGAUAGCUCUUCACGAUGUCUGCCGUCUCGCACGGCACUCGUCACCUUAGACAAGGCAUCGGUGGAACCAAACACUAUGCCCCCGGGUCUGGUCCUGCUCGAUCGCUUCACAUCCCUGCGUUCACACCACCAUUGCGAGCACCCCAGCCGUCCACUGCUCAACGACUUUUUACAAACUCUCGUAACCUCGUCUCUAGAUUCUUUGCUCAUUUAACUACUCCAGGACUUGCGCAUUCUGCCUCAACUGUCGCAGUCGCUCCGAGUCACUCGCUCGUCCGUCCUGCACAUUUCCAUUCCAUUACUCAGAGCGUUAAAGCCUCGUACUCGCUCCCUGUGAGACAUGCGCUUUACCGCCCCUUAUCUUUGCCGUGCCUUCCCCGUCCGCCUUCCAUCCCUGGGAAUGUAGCUAAUGUUGGUCUUGGUACUGUCCGUUCAUUUCAUUCUGCGCGCCCCAUAUUCCAGAAUGUCGUGGAUAACGUUCCUAUUGCCACCCGUGCACUUUGGGAGGCUGAAUGGGAAUUUAAUGGCAAGAAGAAGAACGAGGCGCGCAAAUUGCGCAAAGCUAAGGAAAAUAUGGUACCCCCAAAGACCAAGGAGAUGCUCAAGCCAAAGCAGAGGUCUAUCGUUGCUGAGAUCCCCACCGAGAUCGACAUCUCUGAACUUGACCAUUACUUGCCACAACCUGCUUUGCCGGAAGUAACGACUUACCUUCUCGUUCCUCUCGCGCCUACUCCCACCGCUCGUCUGCCCCUAUCUGCGUACUCCACGGGAACUAGCGCACUCCAUCCGCUUCUCCCUGUACCUGCCAUUGCUGCUGAACAUAGGAUGCAUCGUAACCAUUCGCUUCGCGUGUCCACUCUUUUUUCCCGAUUGGAUGCUGCGAACGUGUGGGAUGAUCCUGGCGUCGGCGUUGAUGCCUACGCCUUUGGUCCCAGUCUCGGUCCCGGCUCAGCAGAUAACCCCAGUGAUGAACAAUGUACAAUUCUCCGGGUCACACUUGCAGGUUGGACAGCUGCUCAAGUGCGCGGUGUCAUAGGAGAAAGCGGGCAAGGAUGGUGUACUCCCGAAGAAGUUUACCUAGACACCAUGUCUGCUUCCUCGCAGAUGAGCGCCAUCGAUGAUGAACAUGUUUCAUCUAGUCCCCAGUCCGUUGCUUCCACCCUCGAGCUUGAUUCAGCAUCCUUGUCAGAAUUGGACUUCGACAAAGAUGCUGAUGUCGAAGUGUUUUCAGACAUCGAAUCGGAUGAUUGGGACUAUGGGAUUGGGUUGACGACCUCUCCCGGUGUACAGGACAACUUUGUUCUGCCAACGCUCGACUUCUCGUCAUCAUUUGCGCAGGUUGCGUCUCCUACCCAAUCAUGGGCUCCACCGCCGCAGAUCUUCCUCCGCACCGCGUCCGAGCUUGCCGAGGAUUUUGGCAAUGUGUGGUCUCCCGCUUCAUCGUCUUCCCUCUCGCCGUCACUCUCUUGUGACCUCCUGUCUGAUUUGGAGGCAGACGCAUUCCCCCAUGUUGCAAAAAGUGAAAUGGAGAGGUCAUGGCUGGGGAUUAGCAUGGGGCUGAGCUCCUCGUUCACUGAGAAACUUGAAGCGCCGCGAUAAUUUAAUCGGACAUACACGAAUUCGCGUUGCAUUCGCCAUAGUCUUCUCUCUACUUUCUUGUUUUCUCCGUGAGUCUAGCUCUCUUGAAUACUCUGUACCAUUUGGAAGCUCGUUCAUCGAUGAAUUGAUUGAGCAUGUAUACAAAUUUGAUAAUCGAAGUUCGAGGAUCCUUUUCUACAGUGCAU